AUGGCGGCAGCCACUCGUUUUGCCUUCCUGGCCACGGCCGUGAUAUUCCAUCUGGUUUACAUGUAUUCUAUCUUCGAUAUAUAUUUCGUAAGCCCUAUUGUGUCUGGCAUGCAGCUCUUCAAAGUUGAACGUCGCCAUUCCUCGAAGCCUCCCGCUGACAGGCUAGUUUUCUUUGUUGGCAAAGCAGAUAAAGCCUUUCAAUCAUUUCCCGAGCCGUAUCCUCAGGACGACAGGGACCUGAUACCCCGGCCCCUCGCACCUUUCUUGCGAUCCCGCGUGCUCAAAGAAGGCACUUUCGGUGUGUCCCAUACCCGUGUGCCCACGGAGUCCCGUCCGGGUCACGUUGCUCUGAUCGCUGGGUUGUACGAAGAUGUUUCCGCCGUCGCCACCGGCUGGAAACUCAAUCCUGUCAAUUUCGACAGCGUCUUUAAUCGAAGUCGCCAUACUUGGAGCUGGGGUAGUCCAGAUAUACUGCCCAUGUUCGAAAAAGGAGCUGUUCCAGGUCGGGUCGAUACAUACAUGUACGAGCCAGAGCUCGAAGAUUUUAGUCAGGAUGCCCUUCGCCUUGACUACUGGGUGUUUGACCAUGUUCAUCACUUCUUUGCUGAGGCUGCAAAAAACCAGACCCUUAACAAAGCCCUUCACCAGGACAGAAUCAUUUUCUUUCUACACCUACUUGGGCUUGAUACAACUGGACAUUCCUAUCGGCCAUAUUCAAAGGAGUACUUGAACAAUAUUAAAGUAGUGGACCAAGGCGUAAAGGAGAUAACAAACCUUAUCCAAGGGUUUUAUGCAGACGACAGAACGGCCUUUAUAUUCACCGCAGAUCAUGGUAUGAGUGACUGGGGCAGCCACGGUGAUGGUCAUCCAGACAAUACCCGCACCCCUUUCAUCACGUGGGGUUCCGGCGUGGCCGCUCCUGAAGUGUAUCCGGGUAUUGUUGCCCCAGGACAUGAUGCGUACUCAUCAGAUUGGGGGCUUGACCACGUUCGCCGACACGACAUUAACCAGGCAGACGUCGCCGCUUUGAUGUCCUACCUGAUUGGCGCCGAGUUUCCAGCAAAUUCGGUCGGAGAGCUUCCUCUGUCAUAUCUCGCCGCAGACAACAGUGAGAAGGCUCAUGCAUCGCUUGUUAAUGCCAAAGCCAUUUUGGAGAUGUAUCGUGUCAAGGAGGAAAAAAAAAAGACCAACGAAUUGCGGUUCAGAGCAUACCCCGCAUUUGACGGAGAGGGUUCUUCCCCUGAAAAUCGCACUGCCGCGAUCGUUGACCUCAUUGCAAAUGGGCAUUAUGAAGAGGCUAUUGAAGAGUCAAAUACGCUCAUUCAAGUAACGCUACAGGGCCUCCGCUAUCUCCAAACUUAUGACUGGUUGUUCCUUCGUGCUCUUAUCACUGUGGGUUAUCUUGGCUGGAUGGCGUAUGCCAUAACAACUGUGGUAGACAUGUUUGUCGUCCACGAGGUGAUACAAGCGCGAAGGACUCUUGUCGGAACUGCCACCUUUUUGGGGAUUCUGUUUGCCUUUUAUGCGUCAUUCAUCAUGUCUAAAUCGCCACCCACAUACUACCUGUAUGCCUUCUUUCCUGUUGUAUUCUGGGAGGAAGUUUAUGCUCAUCGACAAAGUCUUUACCGAGGCAGAUUGAUUUUAUUUGGCCACAUAAAGUCUGCAGGAGGUGCGGCAACCCUCUUCCUGCAUACCAUUCUUUACGUUGCUGUCAUACAAGCUCUUGCUGUGGGAUAUGUUUAUCGAGAGGUACUGACUGGAUUGUUCGUCCUGGCAGCGGCUUGGCCUUUCAUGUAUGGUCUGUCCUUCUUACAAAGUCAUGCAAUUCUCAGCAUGACAUGGGCAGCUUCAUGCCUGAUAAUGAGCACAUUCACCCUUCUUCCAGCCAUGAAAGUCGAAAGUAUUAGUCUCAUCCUUGCUGGUGGCUUUGUCAUGUUUCUCGUCGGUUUUCUCUAUCUGAUCUUUGAAGACAUGGUGCUUUCGGAUUUUACGGGUGCAGUCGACUCAAGUCGUUCACCUGACAAGACAAACACGAAUUUUCAGCGAGCAUUGACUGGUGUCCAGCGCCUUGUCCCUUCAAGCUAA